AUGAAACCACAUCCAGACGUCCUCCACAUCCAUGGAAAACCCAUGCUCCUCUCUGAGUUAGCUUUGGCCCUUAGUGUCCCUCAAUCAAGGACUACUUGGUAUGUGCUCACUCCUUCUUCUAGGCUUCUCCUCAAGGAUAAUCCCUUGAAUGUUUCACAACUCUUAUUAGCAGUGCUUGAUCUAGUACUUGUAACUCCCUGGCACUUCUUGAGUGGAUGGUUCCAAGGGAAUGGAUUGGCUACGCCAUUUGAGGCUACAAAUGGAAGGGCGUUCUGGAACUAUGGGGAACAAGAUCUGAGUAACAAUAAAAUGGAGCAUGAGUUAACUGAAACGCAGCUUUUGUUUGAAAUGUUGAUGAUGGGUUUAGUUACUGGAAGAGAAAGAAGCAAACAAGAAUUGGGGAAGCUCUUGGUGGAGGCUGGUUUCACUCACUAUAAGAUAAUUCCCAUACUGGGCUUAAGGUCCCUCAUUGAGGUUUUUCCCUAUUGA